GUGUGUUUAUGAGUCUGUAUGAGUGGAGCAGCAGGUGUGUGCGCACGCGCGUCUGCGUGUGUGUGUGUGUCUAAUAUGUCAUCAGCUCUAAGAAUAUCUCAGCAACUGCUAGAGAGAGAGGGUGCUGGAGAGAGUGUGUGUAAGCAGCACCUUGAAAAAUAUAGAGGUCAAGUGAAUGAAUGAGAUUGAAGAGGAGAGAGAGAGAGAGAGGGGAGUGAGAGAAAAAGAGAACGUACUAAUUGUAGAGUCAGUUAGUGUGUGGCAGAGGAGGGGAGAGAGCACUGGAGUCUGGAAAGCUGAACCUAGAGAGGAUGCCUCACUUUUGGGAUUCAUAAACUUGUGCGUGGAGGGGGGGCUGCCUGGAGGGACAGACAGAGACACAAGAAGAGAGAGGACAGCGAAAAGAGGAGAGACGCUAAGAACAUUGGGGCUCUUAGCUUCAACACCUAGUUCAACUCACACAGACCACACAAACACACAUACAGUGCAACGAUGGGGACGGUUAGUGAGCUGUGUGCCUCCAGUUUCCAGACUUUUCUUUGUCCAACAGCAAGACCUGCAGCAACUCAAGUGCCUCAUGAUCUGAGUCCCAAGGAGAAACAGGAGUUGGAGAGCAUACGCCGCAGGAAACAAGAACUACUGCAGGACAUACAGAGGCUGAAGGACGAGAUAGAAGAGGUGACGAAUGAAAUUGACAACCUGGGCAUUACCAAAGAGAGAAAAAGCAUGCAGAGAAACAAGCAAGUGUCCAUGGGCCGUAAGAAGUUCAACAUGGACCCCAAGAAGGGGAUCCGGUUUUUGAUUGACAGCGGUCUGCUGAAGAACACCAGCGAUGACAUUGCCCAGUUCCUCUAUAAAGGGGAGGGGCUUAACAAGACCGCCAUCGGAGACUAUCUGGGGGAGAGAAAUGACUUCAAUCUUGAGGUUCUACAUGCCUUUGUGGAGCUGCAUGAAUUCACAGACCUCAACCUGGUCCAGGCCCUCAGGCAGUUCCUUUGGAGUUUCCGGUUGCCAGGCGAAGCUCAGAAGAUCGACAGGAUGAUGGAGGCGUUUGCCCAGAGAUACUGUCACUGUAACCCUGGGGUCUUCCAGCACAGCGAUACGUGUUAUGUGUUGUCAUUUGCUGUGAUCAUGCUGAACACCAGUCUCCAUAACCCCAAUGUGAAGGACAAACCCUCCCACCAGAGAUUCAGCGCCAUGAACAGAGGAAUCAACGAUGGAGGUGACCUGCCCGAGGACCUACUCAGGAACCUUUAUGAGGGUAUAAAGAACGAACCCUUUAAAAUUCCAGAGGAUGAUGGGAAUGACCUCACACACACUUUCUUCAACCCUGACCGGGAGGGCUGGCUACUCAAACGAGGAGGGCGUGUGAAGACGUGGAAGAGACGAUGGUUCAUCCUCACAGACAACUGCCUGUACUACUUUGAGUACACUACUGAUAAGGAGCCUAGGGGUAUCAUCCCUCUGGAGAAUCUGAGUAUUAGAGAGGUGGAUGACUCCAAGAAACCAAAUUGUUUUGAGCUGUUCAUCCCGGACCACAGGGAUCAGGUGAUCAAGGCAUGUAAGACCGAGGCGGACGGACGUGUUGUCGAGGGCAACCACACUUUCUAUCGAAUCUCCGCCCCCACAGCUGAGGAAAAGGAGGAGUGGAUCACCAGCAUAAAAAAAGGCAUCAGCAGGGACCCCUUCUACGAAAUGCUGGCAGCCCGGAAGAAGAAGGUGUCUGCCCUGACAAGUCUGUAGGAAAGACCCAGGCUCCAGCACUUCAGCAGGAGGAGCAGGCCUCACUCUAUUCUACAGCCCCGUGUUUGUGCCCAUGGACCUGAACUAAAGGAACUAUGGAACUGUAUACACAAGAAAGCAGAAGAUCCCCAAAGCCUGUUGAAAGUCUAGGUGGAUGCUGUCAUCAUAUUGAUCUUGCUUUCUUCAGAUUCACAAACACUGGAGGGGAAAGAUUAUGAAGGGGCACAGGGUUGGGACAGGAAUGCAGAGAGGAUUAGAUGUCCUUUUUCAGUGCCCUCUACAGGAAGUUACAUAGUGCAAUAUUAUGCUUUGAUAAAAAUUAAUAGAGGAAGGCAACCUGAACCUUUUUUACACAAACCUCUUUUUCUGAGGGUUCUUGUCAUAGUGCUGUUGUAACUACAGAACAUUUCUUUCUGAAUGGUUCUCAUAACAAACCACCACUGUUUCUCCUCUCUCUCUGUCUGUGUGUGUCUGUGUGUGUGUGUGUGUGUGUGUGUGUGUGUGUGUGUGUGUGUGUGUGUGUGUGUGUGUGUGUGUGUGUGUGUGUGUGUGUGUGUGUGUGUCUCUUUCUUUGGUUCCAUGUUUGUUUAAAUGUGUCUAGGUAAUUGGUAGGAAUUGCCAGGGACUGACCUCACGAUGCAAUAUCACGCUACUUAGGUGCCGAUACGAUAUGUAUUGCGAUUCUCAUGAUUCUAUAUGUAUUGAGAUUCGAUACUGUGAUUUUGCGAUUCGAUAUUCCAAACAUAUUUCUCAGGAUAUGUCUGCUGCAGAGGGACAAGAGAGCCAUGAGAUAAUGAGUUUUGAUCAGUCAUGGAAAUGAAAUUGCUGAAAACAAAUUGGCUCCCUAUUUUAAACGAAGAUGGAGAACAAGCUAUAAAUGAGUUUUGGUGCAGGUAAAGCCAACUAGCGCAACAAUAAUAUUGCCAUAUUGUCAAAACGAUAUGAUACAUCAUCAAAAAUAAUAUCCCGAUAUGUAACCGUACCGAUUUUAUUCCCGCAUCCCUAGUAAUUGGGCUGUGUCAGUGAGCCAGGGUUUGAGAUAUGGGAGCUGGGUCGGCAGAAUAGUUGCAAAAAACUCUCUACCCAAAGCCUUUCUUUGCCAUCACUGUAUUAGUUCUGUUCUUCAUUUAGUUUUUUUGUGUUGAUACGUCUGUUACUGCAACUGCACAGUCACGUGGAAGGAGGAGGAAUGGCAGAAGGGAGAGAAAGAAAUGAAGGUGAGUGGUAGACAAAGGAUCAUAACAUCACUUUGUUUCGGGUUGAACUAUUCAGUCUUUUAUUCUGAUAUUGUGACAAUUAAAAGUACUUUUGUAGAAGCAGCAAUAUGUUUGCAGAGAAAGGAUUUGGUGAAUAAAUAAAAUACCUAAGGUCUAUUAAGACCUUAUUACAGUGUUAUACAGUUAUGUGCUGUCUGUUACAAAUGUGUUAUGAUAGAAAUGCAUCUCUUAUGAUAUCAAAAUGCUCUUUUGGAGGGCUGUGACUUAGUUUUUAUAAUGGCAAAUAAAUUAAUCGACAAUGGUUUUGUUCUCAAUGUACUGAUUAUGAAAUGUAAGUCAAGAUUGAAUUAUAUACGUUUAUUUACCUAUAAUGCACAUCAUUUGUUUGUUUUGUAUCAUGAAGGUUUCUGCUGUUUAUACCCUUAUUAUGCCAUCAUGUUUUUGUUCAUUUGAUUUCACAUUACCAAAAAUAAAUCUCCAAUGCUAGUCUAA